GCUGACACCGGGGACCGUUUCCUUCACGAUGACGUCAGACAUCACCGCGGCGGUCGUGAAGCUCCUGAGCGACCACCACGGCAGUCUGGACCUCCAGCGGCUGGAGCAACAGCUCCGCCGCCGCGCGGGCUCCUUCCCCGCGUCCGAGCUGCGCGCCGCGCUGACGGACGAGGCUGUGGUCGCCGUCCGGGAGGGCAGGCGGCCCGCGGGCCGCGGCCAGCUGGUGGGCCCCGACAGCCUGCUGGUCCUGAAGACCCCGCUGCGGCUGUGCCAGGCGAAGAGCGGCGCGUGCGCGGGCGCGCGCUGCGAGCGCCUGCACCUGUGCAAGUAUUUCGUUUCCGGGAACUGCUCGUUCGGGCACUCGUGCAAAAACUCGCACAGCCUGGCCUCUCCACACAACGCUGUGCUGCUGCAGAGAUUCGGUCUGGAGGAACUGAGUCAGAAACAGCUGUUCCAGCUGCUGCUGCAGAACGACCCUUUCCUGCUUCCUGAGGUGUGCUCCCAUUACAACAUGGGCGACGGUCCCUUCGGCAACUGCAACUUCACCACCUCCUGCACGAAGCUGCACGUCUGCAGGCACCACCUCCAGGGGGACUGCCGGUUCGGCGGCUCCUGCAAAAGAGCUCACGUCCUGGACCAGCACGGACUGAAGCUGCUCCAAGGGUUGAGUCCGGAGAACACUCAGAACCUUCACCGCAUCUACAGGAACAAAUUCAUCAUCCUGAACCAGCAGAGUGCUGGAGUCGCAGGGAGUCUCUCCUCGUCUGCACCGAGGAAGAUCAGCAUCUCCGAGUCCACUCACAAGCCUCCUCAAACCCCCCCUGAACCCCCAACCACUCCUCCAAAGGCCGCGACCGAUGCUGAGGGCAACGAGAUCUGCCUCUUCUUUCUCUGCAGACACUGCAGCUUCAAAGAGAGGUGUGCCCGGGUCCACUGGCACCUGCCGUACCGGUGGCAGCAUUUAGCCGGCGAUGGCGUGACGUGGAAGGACAUAGAAAACAUGGAGGAGGUGGAGAAGGCCUACUGUGACCCGGCUCAGGACAACAGCUGCACGGAUCGACCAUCCGCCCUGAGCUUCUUCAGACUCAUGAGUCCUGCAUCAGAGGAGCACGUCGACUUCCUAACCAUGACCUUCAGAGGCGCUCCGGUCCGGCGUCUGUCCACCGCCUCCUGCGUGUCGAAGCCCCCCCACUUCAUUCUGACGACGCAGUGGCUUUGGUACUGGAAGGACGAGCGCGGCGCCUGGGCGGAGUACGGGAAGGGCGCCAACGGCGCCGGGAUCACUUCUCAAACCCUGGAGAAAAUGUACCUGGCCGACAGAGAGACGGCGGUUCCCUUCACCGCCGGAAAGUUCCAGUACGUUCUCCACUUUGAAGAGGAGAAACGGAUGCACCAGCAGAACCUGAAGAGCCAAACCCAGAGAGACGUGAGGAGGAGGCCUCGCUUCGUGUCCGCUCAUGACGUGGAAACGAUGCGCAGCAGCGGCUCCUCAAGCAUGUCCUGCCCCUCCUUGGCUGAAAAUCUGCCCUCACACUGGGACAAAAGUGCCCUCCCUGACUUUGGGUUUAAGCUUGUGACCCUCACCAGUUCAGCCCAGGACUACGUUAAUAUUGAGAAACUAUUCAGAACCACCAUGUCCACCAGUACCAUAAAGAGCAUCCAGCGGGUCCAGAACCCUUCUCUCUGGAAAGUCUUUCAGUGGCAGAAGGAGCAGAUGCAGGGGAGGAACGGAGGGAAGCCGGUGGACCAGCGGUACCUGUUCCACGGCACGGACCGGACCCUGAUCCAAGCUAUUUGCGAGCAGAACUUUGACUGGAGGGUUUGUGGCGUCCACGGAACGGCCUACGGCAAAGGGAGCUACUUUGCCAGAGACGCCUCCUUCUCCAACAGAUACGCCAAGGCCGGAGGCGGCUUGACCAAGGUGAUGUUCGUGGCUCUGGUCCUGGUGGGGGAAUACACUCAAGGACAGGGCAGCUACGUCCGGCCCCCGCCCAAGAGGGGCAGCGGAGAUCUGUAUGACAGCUGCGUGGACCGUGAGAGAGACCCCACCAUCUUUGUUGUGUUUGAAAAGCAGCAGAUCUAUCCAGAGUACAUCAUCAAGUACGUAUAGAGGAAACUGGUUUGGAUUUUUUAAGGAGGGGGGGGGGCUCUGACUUUGAAUGGUGAUAAGGGAGAGAUCUCCUAAAAAAACAAACACGUGAACUUUAACCUCGGUGUGAAGCGUUUCAGAGCAAAGAGUUCGUCUGCACCGCUUUACCCUCUGAUUUCUACGUCACAUCAACCAGCUUCACCCUAAACUCUGACUUCUUUCCUGAAGUUGGGCUUUAAUUGGUUUAGAUUUAACGGUUUGUUCUGUGGGACUUCACUGUUGGAGGUACUUAAUUUGUUUCUUCUCCUUCUGAAACCUUUUUUUGUUUAGUGGCAGAAGGCUCUCGUUGUAAAAGAUGCCGUUUUUGGGUCAUAAUUCACAUAAACAUGAACGUCUGAAUUCUGAUCUAAAAGUAAACAAACUGCAAAGACAAGAAAUGUCAUAAAAACAAGAAUUGAUUGCAGGUCAUUAGCAUUAAAACACCAAAAAUAGAGGAUUUGUUUUUGUUUGUUUGUUUGUUUUUAGAGAUUCUUUGUUCAAAUAAUGUAGAAUAUAAUAUUUUAUCUUUUAAAGUUAAAUUGAUCCAUCUGGAGAGAUUUGUUGCAAAAGUUGACACACAUUUAAUAAAAUAUU